GUCACUUGAAACCUCAACCAUCAUCAACAUCGCUAAAGGUUAAAUUUUAUUUCUAGAUACUGAACAAAUUUACUUGCAAACAGUUAUGACCAAAAAUUAAAUAGGCCCCUUUUUAAUCGAAACCACCAUUUGAGACCGCUGUGUAGCUUUUUAGUUCUGAAAUGUUCCCAGAGGUUGAACCUUUUGUGUGGAGUAUCCUUAAUCUCGAACGCUCGAUCUCAAUUCUCAAUAUGCAGUAUUCAAUUUGGAAAUUUUUCAAGUUUUAAAGAUUAAUGCUUGAUUGCUUAGUUCUAGUUAUCCCACGGGAUAUAGUCCAGAAAUUAAGUUAAGCUGGUAACUUUUGUAUUGGUUAAACUCUUAACCUGAUUCCAUUGAUCUUGAUAUCCAAUAUGUGCACUUUUAAUUUGAGAAUCAAUUCUUCAACUUUUCAUUCUCCAUGUGCAGGAUAUCGAAAACAGAUUAAAUCAAUUUGAAGGUUACCAAAAGAUAGAGAUAAAACAUUGAUUUUGAUAUUCACAAUACAAGGGUUCCCGCCAUUUUUACAGAAAAUGGAAAAGGUCACCAAAUUUCCCCAUCCCAUUCCCGGCCGUUUAUGGUUUUUACGCAAAAACGACCAAUACAGGCAUUUAAAAAGACCUAGGAUUAUUUUGGAAAUACCAUCUUUCCCCAGAGCCCGCGAUUUAAAAACUUCGGCCAGAGCCAUAAUUCAUAAAAUCCAACUUUAGACCCAAAUCUGACGACAGCUUGUGUCACUUGAUUGACAGCUGCAAGAUCUUCGGCUAGAGCCAUAAUUCAUAAAAUCCAACUUUAGACCCAAAUCUGACGACAGCUUGUGUCACUUGAUUGACAGCUGCAACAUCUUCGGCUCGACUUACAGAAUUAGGCCCAAUGAAGAUAAAACCGACCUUGAACCCACGAAUUAAACACUUCGGCUCGAGCCGUAAUUCCUUAGAUUAACCCGACUUUAAGACCCAAUCUCCAACCCAACUCUGACGACAGUUUGAGUCAGGAGAUUGACAGCUGCAAUAUCUUCAAUUCGACUUAAGGAGUUAAGCCCAAUGAAAUCAAAAACCGACCUGUAUCCACCAUACUAAACACCUUCACUCACUCUCCUCUAAACUCUACAAUUUCUUCGGUCAGUACUGCCAAUCACUGCAGUACAUACCGAAAGCUUAGUUGAGGGUGCACUUUAAAUAAUGACGCUGUUGCAUUUCAAGGGAAUAUUUCAUUUAGAUAUAUUGCACACUGUGUGAAAUAAAUAUAGCUACUGUUGACAUAUCGCAAAACAUAUUGAAGGAAUCAACAAGCAUUAUUUUGAAAGGAAGCAUUAUUUAGGCAGAAGCCAAAGGAAGUUACGUGUAUAUGCUGCGUUGAAUUACAACAUAGAGAGAUCCUGUUCCAGCCUCGGCGUUCGGACCCUAGCCUGUCCUAGCCUCGGCGCUCGGCCCCCUUGCCUGUCCUAUCCGCAGUGCUCGGACCAGAAAGUGUCUUAACCCGACCUGAACCCUAAAAUAUAUACUCUCUCUUCUUGUAAUUCAACGCGGCAAGUGCACUUCACUUCCUUGGGCAACUGCCCUAUUAUUAUACUACCCAGAGUGUGCGAUAUAUGAUAUAUCUAACUGUAAUUUUUCCGUUGAAUAUUAAAGAUAUAUCUUUUGGAGUAAUUGCGGGCUUUUUUUCAGAAAAGAAUAAUCAAAAAUACAGGAUGCGAUAUAACCUCGUUGGAUAUAUCUAACUGAAAUAUUGUCUUAGAAUAUUAUAAAUAUAUCUAUUGGAGCAAAAGCGGUUUAUCUUCAUCAGAAGAAUGAUAAAUAAUAAGAAACUAACAAAUUACUAUUUAAGAAAGACCUAGGAUUAGUAGAUAUGGUGCGAAGACGACGUAUUUACAGAAAAAUCCUGGAUACUUCAGAUAGUAUACACCAGCAAACUCAUGAUACACAGAUCAAGAAGAAUCAAAACACUAGGGAUGAAUGUGCUGAUAUAAAUAAAAAACUGUUCGCAGAUUCGUUUAAAUCUAAAACAAAAGAAGAAAAUAUUUAUAGGGCAAAAAAGGUAACUGAAAUUCACUUCUGAUAAUUCUUUGUAAAAUAAUUUUUUAUUUUUAUUUUUGUAAGAAAUUCUGUAGAGAAUUUGAUGGAAUCUCUGCCGUUUACCCAAAUUGUGGAUUCUCACGAAAAACUGUAAUAGCUAACAAACUGGAAAAUGCGGGAAAUUUAUCAUCAAAAUAUCCUCCAGAAUUAAUCAGUUCUUCCCAACCUUUGGAUAAAAAUGAGUCCUACCACAUGAAUCGUCUUCCAGUAUCUCCUUUUUCAUCCUCCUCAUCCACAUCAGCUGAUGAUUACUUCCUUCAGGAGGAGUCAGACGAGUCCUUUCAUGAAAAUAAGGUUUCCUCUGAACUUUUUAGAAACAGGGACAGGUUAAGAAAUGAUUUGUUUUCUCAUGAAAAACCUAAGAGUAAGCUCCAGAAGGGUAAACAGGGGUCACUUUUGAAUCCUGACCGACCCAAGCUAAGGAAGAAAAGAGGUUUUACGAAAAACCUGACGGAGACUUCGGACACUCCUUGUCAAUGUGAAAUAUUAACCUCACAGCUAGCAGAACUUAGGAACAAGUUAGACAAUACUUUACUUGAAAACUCAAAAUUAGAAGAACUUCUUGCUAAGUUGGCUGAACCAGUAAGUCUAAACAAGAGCCAUCUUUUAGAGAACAGUAAUUUUUCUGAUCAUUUUGAAGACAUUAAUUUCGAAGAUUUUCUCGACGUUUCAUUUAAUUCUUCGAACCCCUCUGGAAAACAAAGUUUAGAAAGAAGUUCUCCGGACGGAGAAGCUGGGAAUGAUAACAAGGAUAACCAUGAUGACAGUGACUCCACAAUUAAAGAACUAGAUGAGACUCUUGAGAUGAAAUCUAUUGGAAAACCUGAAAUAUCUGAUGAAGAUACUAAUGAUGGUUUACAGUGUAGAGUUAAAGAGCUUGAGGAGACCCUAGAAAUGAUACAGGAAGAGUUUGAGUUGAUGGAAGAUUACUGGCAGGAGAAAUUAAAGAAGGAGCGAGAGUUUUAUAUUCAACAGUUAGACGUAACAGAAGAACAACUAGAACAGCUAGAAGCUAGAAUACAACAUUAUCAGCUUAUAAUCAGAACGAAGCAGGUAAGAACUGUUCUUGAACCAGUGCUAGAAAGGAUGGAUCUAGAGGCUGAAGUUGAAGUUAGAGAAACCGAAAUUAAUCAGCUGAGGAUUCAGGUGGAGGAUUUAACGCAAGAGCUAACAGAUUUAAAACAUCAGGUUUAGCAGUUUCUGAUUGACAGCUCAGCGCAGCAUAUAGUAGACAUCUGUUGCUUAACUAGUGUAAUCCAAACAGUAGAAUAUAAAUAUAUAAUAAAUAAUGUGAA